AUGCAGGCUCGGGUGAAGGUUUACAAGCUGGACCGCGAGGGCUCCUGGAGCGAGAAGGGCACCGGCUACGCGUCCGUGGAGUUCCUGAGCCAGUGCGAGGCGCCAGGCCUGGUGGUGGUGUCUGAGGAGGGCGAUGGCAAGCCGCUGAUGGUGCACCGGAUCCGGCGGGACUUGCCUUACCACAGGGCAGGGGAGGACACGAUCAUCUCCUGGCAGGACCCCGAGUUCGGCACGGAGGUGGCGCUGAGCUUCCAGGAGGCCGUGGGAUGCGACAGCAUCUGGAGCGAGCUGGGCGCCCUGCACUCGGAGGCCCUGGGGCCGGGCGGGAACCGCAGGCGCGGCUGCGUGGAUGAGUUCGAGAGCGUGACGUCAGCCAGCGGGGAAGAGGCCGGGGCGGGCAGCGCGCCGGAGCUGCCGCCGCCGAGCUCGGCCAAUUUGGAGGAGCUGGCGCGGGUGGUGGCCGAUGCGGGCCCGCACCAGCGGGAGGCCCUCGCGGCGCAGCUGCUGCAGGGCGGCUACGUGCCCAAGGUGCUGGAGCUGUUCGAGGCGUGCGAGGAGCGCGAGGACCGGUCGGCGCUGGUGCUCAUACACCGGGUGGUGCGGGGGAUGAUAAUGCUCACCGACGCGGCGCUGCUGGAGGAGCUGCUGAAGGAACAGCACGUGAUCCCGGUCGUGGGGGCGCUGGAGUACGACCCCGACGUGCCCGUGCACGUCAGGCACAGGGAGUUCCUGAGGGACAAGGCGGUGUUCAAAGAAGUGGUGGCCGUGAUGGACGAGGCAGUGAAGGCUAAGAUUCACCAGACCUACAGGAUACAGUACCUCAAGGACGUCAUCCUGCCCCGUGUGUUGGACGACCAGGCCUUCGCGACGAUGAUGUCCCUGGUGGUUCUGAACAACAUGGACGUUGUGUGUGAACUUGGGCGGGACGAGGCGUUCCUGCCAGAGCUUUUCAGGAAGCUGCGGGACGGAGCCACUGGUGACCCUCACUGGGCCGACCUGGUGGCUUUCCUGCAGGAGUUCUGUAGCCUGCUGCGCCACCUGCAGCCCACCCUGCGGCAGCAACUGUACGCAAAGCUGGUGGACUUGGGGCUGUAUGAAGUGCUAACGCGCGUGAUGGCUGGAUGUAAGACGGACAUGCGGCUCAAGGCAGCAGAUAUUCUUUCAUCUGCAGUGCAGCAGGAUGGGCAGUCGCUGCGGAUGUUCCUAGUGGAUGGUCCUGACCACGAGCUGUUCUACCUGCUUGUGAGGGAGCUGACUGAGGGGGGGGACUGUGGGCUAUCCGAGCAGAUAAUGGAUGUGGUCAGGGCCCUGCUGGACCCUGAGACAAUGGACCAGGGCGCCUCCGACAGGAAGAUCAUUGACAUCUUUUAUGAGAAGCACAUGCCUUCACUGGUGGCGGCGCUGAGUGGCGAUGGCUCAGAGCACAAGGGAUGUGCAGGGGCCGCGAACCGGGGCAUGAUUUUGGAGCUGCUGCGCUUUUGUGUGCAGCGCCACACAUACAGCAUCAAAUACUUCAUUUUGCGGAAUAAUGUGCUGGACAAGGUGUUGACAUUGCUGAGGGUGCAUGAAAAGUGGCUGGUGGUCGCUGCUCUUCGGUUUGUGAGGACGUGUGUGGCAGAGAAGGACGACUUCUACAACCGGUACUUGAUCCGAAACAAUCUGUUUGAACCUGUGGUGGACCUUUUCUUGGCGAAUGGUGAGAGGUACAACUUGUUGAACUCCACAGUACUCGAGCUGAUGGAGUUCAUUCGAAAAGAGAACAUCAAGACCCUGAUUGUCCACAUCGUAGAGAAGUUCCACCACAGGCUGCAGACAGUGACGUACGUAGACACGUUUGCACUCCUGAAGCAAAAGUAUGACCAGUCGAUGGAGGCGAGUGGUGGUGGCUUUGCUGAAGGGUAUGCCACGACGCUGAGGCCAGCAGGUGCCACCAGACGAGAUGCGAGGGAAAUGGAGCGGGAUGAAGAAGACUAUUUUCGCGAUGCUGGAGAGGACGAAGAUGCUGAGCAGGCCACAGAUGUGGCGAUGAUAUCAGCUGUAUCCACAAGUGGCGCUGCGGGGGAUGAACCACAGGGUGGGACAUGUGAUGUGAGGUUGGUCCCAUAUGAGGAGGAUGAGGAAGAAGAAAGCGAAAAGGGCAGGGUGGUGCAGGACAAGGGCAAGUUGCAGGAGUGUCAGAGUUUAGGCAGUGCACAGGGCGGCAAAAGGCUGCUUGAUAGCUCACCUCCCAGGGAGAGCGUCAAGAGGACCAGGACCAGCUGA